AGAGCAAGCAGAUGCGGUCCGCUGUGCUGUCAUAAAGGCCUCCGUGCAUAUUCACAUGAGUAUUUUGCCUCGUCUCGUCUUCUGCGGCACGCCUUCGAGGCUGUAAGGUGCUCUGCCUGCAGACUGAGCGGUGUAAGGUAUCGCGAGAGCUCCGGCGUAGCUUUGGUUGGCCGUGGCUUUGCAGCAGACAGAGGGAGAAGGCAGGCAGGCAGGCAGCAUCAUGGCGGACAGAGACAGUGGAAGUGAGCAGGGAGGAGCAGCAACGGGCCCAGGCUUCGGUUCCAUGCACCUAGCGACAGGAGGGGCGGGCUCGGCUUCCGGGCUCCAGCAUGAGACACAAGAACUGGCGUCGAAGAGGGUUGACAUCCAAAACAAACGCUUUUAUUUGGACGUUAAGCAGAACGCGAAAGGCCGCUUCUUAAAGAUAGCUGAAGUCGGGGCCGGUGGAAACAAGAGCCGCCUUACACUCUCCAUGUCCGUGGCAGUCGAGUUUCGAGACUACUUGGGGGACUUCAUCGAACAUUAUGCCCAGCUGGGUCCUAGUAACCCGGGAAUGGUACAAGACGAACCCAGACGAGCGCUGAAAAGCGAGUUCCUGGUCCGAGAAAAUCGGAAAUAUUACAUGGAUCUGAAAGAGAACCAGAGAGGACGGUUUCUGAGGAUUCGGCAGACCGUUAACCGGGGGCCCGGUUUGGGAUCCACGCAGGGCCAGACGAUUGCUCUGCCUGCCCAGGGACUAAUUGAGUUUCGUGACGCUUUGGCUAAACUUAUUGACGAUUACGGUGUAGAGGACGAACCUGCAGAGUUGCCUGAAGGGUCAUCAUUGACUGUGGACAACAAACGCUUUUUCUUCGACGUCGGAUCCAAUAAGUAUGGUGUGUUUAUGAGGGUAAGCGAAGUGAAGCCAACGUACCGUAAUUCAAUUACGGUGCCCUACAAAGUGUGGUCCAAAUUUGGGAAUACUUUCUGUAAAUAUGCCGAGGAGAUGAAGAAGAUCCAGGAAAAACAACGGGAGAAAAGGGCAUCCGAGAUGCAGCAACAAGAAGAGAUGCAGGCGGACGAUGGAGACGAGGAUUGAUAUAGAGAGCAAAGACCAUGCAAGAAUAAUAAAAAUAACAAGAGAAUUAUAAUUAAAACUCUACUGUAUAAAGAAAGAAAUCUAAAGAUUUAACUGUAAUGGUUUUAACUCCAAGGGAGCAUCACUCUCGAUAUAAGAAACCUCCACAACCUGACAGUUAUGACAUGUUGUCACUCAUCGCUGGAUGUUACUCCACUUAUCCACAUUAAUACAGUAACAGGCUGCUAAACAAAGUAAUAACAUUAUAUUUGAACAUUGUUUCCUACUUGACAAACAAUAUUGAACUGAGUGUUUAUUUCCCUUAUUAACAGAGAACUUUUGUACCAGUUAAAGCUAUUGUAAAAAAAAAAAAAAAAAAAAAAAAAAGAGAAAAAAAAGUGUUUGCAAUGUUCAAAUGGAAUUAUUGCCGAGUUCAGAGGGGGAAAAAGUUUCCUUUACAUGUGAGCUAAUGACUUCAGCACAAAUCAGAUGUUAUAAUUUUUAAACCAAAAUUCAAAAAAACUUUGUAAAAGGUAGUCACAUGUACUUGCCAUCCUAUUUACCUUUACCUGUGAGUAGAGAUGUGUUUACACAUAAAGCAUAUGAGGGCUAGGCCUGCUUCGGAAACUGGUUAGAUGUAAUGCAGUAUAAAAAAAUGGAAUAUAUAGGCAUUUUCAUGAAAUGAAAUAAGUGCUAUAUUUGUUGUGCAAUAUGCAUUGCAUAAAAAUCAAUUAUAUUUAACUGGUCAAUGGAUGUUGACAUGAUGACCUUUGCCAGAGGCAUUCAAAGAAAUAUUAAUAUUGUAACUUUUUGUUUCAGUUUAAAUUGUUGCCAUGCAGAUGGAUAUAUUAUAGACUACCUUUGUGUCUCGUUGUUAAUGCAAUGUGUUAAUUUUAAAGGUACUAAAUGUGUAUUUGAUAGAGGAGAUGCAGUGAUGAUAUGUAGCAAAUGGCCUGAAUUGCAGAUGAUUUGACAAGACAAAACACUCUACAGGUACUGUGUUGACUGGCGUAGUUCAAUUCUGAGGAGUAUUGUUGGUUAGUGUAUCUGAAACAGCAACUUUUUGUGAUCUUGUUUAGUCCUAAGUCUAAUUGGUGCCAAGGAGUGCUGUUGCUGCAUGUUAACCUGCACUAUGUUAGAUUUCGUUGGUCUCCCAAAAUAUCGGCUCAAGGACUCUUCCAUACGUAUCUGCCUAUAUUAUAUAAAUCUCCAUUUGGAGGACUGAGUGAUUUCCAUCCAAAGGCUAUGGUAACAUUUUUGUGGAAGUUGUUUCAAAAGAGUGAUUGUAAAAUGAGUGACCACAUAAACAGUAAUCAAAAUAUCACCUUUAAAUUAUUUGAAGGGCCACUGAGGGGUAAGCCUUGCACAGAUAAGGUGAAGGGGGUAUAGUUCCCCUGUUGGUGGAUCUCAAGUAUGUCAUCAGAUGUGCCCAUCCUUAAAAGUUUAAGAUGUGAAGGCAUGAAACUCAGUGGGGCUGUUUUGGAUGCACAUUUGCCACUCUACUUUAGAUUUGUAUGCCCAUUUACCUACCUGGUGGUGUUGAGAUUCUGUUUUGGUCUAAUUGUAAAUAUUUGGGCUGCCACACGGAAACAACUGGUUCAAAUCCAGUUUAGUCGCAUCUCAUAGAUGUGUGAUAGCAGUUUUAUAAACUCUGCCAGUAAACUCCAGAGAAACUGGCAACAAUCAGAUUAUGUCAGAUUUACCUCAGCAUUAAAUUAAAUGAUUGCUCCCAUGUUUAGAUUGACUGGAAACCAGUAAACUAGACUGUCCUUGACCACCUAUUUUUGGAGCCUCUGGUAUAGCUGAAAUUAUACCUGAUUUGGAGCAUCCUCUUCAGCAUAUAAACAACCUGGUGCCUUACACACUCCGCAUGCUUACACGCUGGCCUGGUGCUUUGGAUCGCAGUUUGGCUUCCUUUUUCUUCUGUUUUCUCUUCCAUUUUUGUGUCUCAGCCCCUUUUUGUGCUAGCGCACAACUCGUGGUGCUAAAAGGGUUUGGUGCAAACCUUUGAAGAAAAAUAGGCGCAGAAUUCUUAACUUCUUUUUUUUUUUUUUUUUUUCUUCUGCUGCCUUCCCUCUUCCCUUACUUCAUUGCCAUCCCCGUUCUCCAGCCAUCCAGGUAUCGGCCUACAUGUAAACAUGGAAGGGGGUGGUCACCGAGAUGCAAGAUGAUGCAGAAGAGUUGGCUCUUCACUAGCCAAAAGCAUUAGCCGGGAGAGCAGGAGCGGAUUGUGAACAUCAGUAUUGGCCUCAAUGUGUUCUUCUUGCGUCCUCCCUUGAACCGCUCAUUCUCUGGCUAGGGUAGUUAUGUUGUAAGUCGCUUAAUUAACGGAGAGUAGCAAGCAUGUCUUGUUUUUGUUUUUUUUUUUUGUUUUUUUUUUUGUUUGUUUCUUUUUCUUUUUUGUUCUUUUUUUUAUGUAGUUUUACCUUUUCAGCAUUAUUCCACAUUAUUUGUAAUUUUGGAAUGUGUUUGCCCACAAAAGAAAAAAAAGAUAUCAGUUCUUUUUCUGUGCAACAUUUCAUCACUGUGUGCAAUAUCGUAUGUGCCAAUGGUGGCAAUAUAUGUAUAUCAAUUAAAUAUAUGAGUACUAUAUGAAAGCAUGUGGCUGAAUUCCAUGUUUUUUUUUUUUUUUUUUUUUUUGGUUUGUUUUUUUAUUUUUGUUUGUUUGUUUUUCCUUGUGAAGGAGUUGUACGCCUUUAUUUGCACUCAAAGCUCCACCCUGGAGAAAAAUAUGGCUAACCAAGGUCUUAGCAGCCUGUUGGGUCAAGCAGUUCACAUAUGUACUUUAACUUGAAACAGAAAAUUGUCACUGCAAGUAUGCCUGUCCUAAAGAAAAGGGCCAACUUGGCUUAUGGUCUGUUGAAGGUAGACUGUAAACAUAGUAAGGAGUUUUUUGUGAAAUGAAAAAAAGAAGAAAAAAAAAAAGAAAUCUCCAUUUUAGCUUUAAGCUAAGAAAAGGUGCUUCAGUCCAAUUCUCAUUAAGGUGUAUGGUGAACUGUCUUCAGUGGUUGUUGUGUGUAGCACUUUGCUUUCCCAGGUUAAUGAAAUGCCUGACCAAUACUUGUUUAAAAUGAUCUCAACAAAGAAUGUCGUUCUCUCUUAUGUCGCCUCUUUAUUUUUUUUCCUUUAUUUUUUUAAAGAGAGUUUUUGAUUUGCUCAUUUGGUUUUGAUGCAUUAAUUAUAAUUUAUGUACAUUUGACAAAUUUAAAAAAUAAAUUUAAUUUACCCAGUGAGGGGAAAAUCCACGUUUAAAAUGUUCACGUUUGUCAUGUUUCAUUUCCUGUUGGGGGGGUGGGAGUGGGGUCUACUUACAGUACUUUAAAGAAGAAUACGUUUUUAAUUUAGAUGUUGAUAAUUUAGACAUCUACAAUGUCUGACUCUACAUUUGCAAUGAUACUAAUAACUAAAGCUUAAUUUUACAGCCUCCAAAAUGCAAACCUUGCAGUGACAAUUAUUUGAUCACUAAUGUCUUCUUGGAAAUUUCUACAUUAGUACUGUAUAUGUAAUAAAUGCCAGGCUGUAAAAUAAAGCGUUACUUUGUUCUCUAA